UUCAAGUGUCGAUUUAUUUAUAAAAAUAUCAUGCUAAUUGAGAUUUUUUUAUUUUUUUUAUUUAAUUACAGAAAUGCUAUUAGAUAAACGAUUUUUGUUUAUAAUAGAACGCCUCGGAGUCUCAGACCCUUGGUAAUACUCAGUAGCUACUUGUACACUGGCACAGUGAACUCUCAUACCCUUCAUUCCCUCCCUCUUUCGCAACUUCCAUUUCAAAAAUGUUGGACGCCGUGUCUUCCAAUUCAUCGCAAUUCCGCCUUCAAAUUACGCCACCUAACCACCGCCACCACAACCACCGCUGCUCCGCCGCAACCCUCAAUUUUCCGAGACGCCGUAAUCUCAUUGCUUCAUCUCUUCCUCCUCCUUCAUCUAAUUACAUUUCUCAGGCUAUUUUGUCCCAGAAGUUUCCUGAAGGUUCUCCCUCCUCCGCUAACGACUCCGCUAAUCCCCUUCCUAAGCCAUUGACGUCCAGUGUUGCUUCAAAAUCUGAUGGGUCCCGUCUUCGUGUUGCCUACCAGGGGGUUAAUGGUGCAUAUAGUGAGCUGGCUGCGGAGACUGCUUAUCCGAAUUGUGAAGCAGUUCCUUGUGAUCAAUUUGACACAGCUUUUGAAGCUCUUGAGCGCUGGCUUGUUGAUCGAGCAGUUUUACCUAUUGAGAAUUCUCUUGGGGGUAGCAUCCACAGAAAUUAUGAUCUUUUGUUGAGGCACAGGUUGCAUAUAGUGGGAGAGGUGAAGCUUCCAAUUCGGCAUUGCUUGUUGGCGAACCCUGGUGUCAAGAUUGAAGAAUUGAAAAGGGUGUUAAGCCAUCCCCAGGCUCUUGCUCAAUGUGAGCACACAUUAGCUAAGUUUGGAGUGACCAGAGAAGCUGUGGAUGAUACUGCUGGUGCAGCAAAGUUUGUUGCAUUCAACAAACUUAAAGAUGCAGGAGCAGUUGCAAGUGCUGCUGCUGCAAGGAUCUACGGCUUAAAUGUACUUGCUGAAGAUAUACAGGAUGAUUCUGAUAAUGUUACUAGAUUUCUAAUGUUAGCAAGGGAACCCAUAAUUCCGGGAAGUGAUAGGCCCUUUAAGACAAGCAUUGUUUUCUCUCACACAGAGGGUCCUGGUGCACUUUUUAAGGCUCUAGCUGUUUUUGCUCUGAGACACAUUAAUCUGACAAAGAUUGAGAGUCGGCCACUGCGAAAUAGCAACAAUGGUUCUUCGAAGUGUUUUGACUAUCUUUUUUACUUGGAUUUUGAAGCGUCUAUGGCUGAUCCCAAUGCGCAAAAUGCCCUUAGGCAUCUUGGGGAAUUUGCUACUCUUCUGCGAGUUCUAGGAAGUUAUCCAGCAGACACGAGUAGGAGGUGAUUGUUGAGUUCUGGUUUUUUUCAAGCUUUCUUGAUGCCGUGGCAAUGUUUGCCAUUGUUGAAAUUUUGACUUCCCUGCAAUGGGACAUGAUCCUCUACAUAUCUUAAAAGAAAUGGAGAAUCCAUUUCUCUAGAUGACGGUUGGAUUAGCGUGAUGAGGAAUAGGGCUUUGUUUUUCAUAAUCUUAAGAUCAGAAGUUGAGGAAGGUGGAGGUAUAUAAUGUACCGCGUGCUGGAGCUUAUUAAAUACGCGCAUUUAGUCUGGAUGUUAUACAAUAUGAAUUCACAUUUUGUGGUAAUUUCACUAGUUUUGAGAUUUCUCGUGUCCA